AUGCCUCAUUUAAAUUCUUUGUAUUUUCAGCCGGAGGAAUCAGCCAAUAAAGAAUAUGAUUUUGGCAACAUUAGAGUUGACAAAGUACAAAUAAAUGAUGAAUCAGAACCAUAUGCAGACUCGGAAGACGAUUAUAUACCCUUUGAACUUUCAGACAGCACUAAUUCCUCCGCUGUUUGCAAUGAGAGUGAACAUGAAGACCUAAACAGCGAUAUUGAUGACAACACUGGUUAUGUAACUUCAAGUGCCAAUCCUACGUUCCACAAUUGGGGACCAUGUGAAAAUGAUCCAAAUGAUUUUGGAUUUUCUGGUCAAAGCGGGCUGAAGUUGAGUGAUAUGGAUUUAUCUAGCCCUUAUGCAAUCUUUAGACAAUUUAUUACUGAUGAAAUUCUAGACAUAAUGGUGCAAGAGACAAAUAGAUAUGCCUCUGAAUAUAUUCGUACCCACCAGCUUCGUCCGCGAUCGUUUGUUAGCAAGUGGACAGGCACUAAUCGUGAUAACGCCGACCCAGCGGCGAAAACAGAUAGACUUCAUAAAAUAAAAAACCUUUUAAAUCUUAUUUGCCAACAAUUUCAAGAUACACUCUCUCCUGGAGAAAGUGUUGUUAUUGGUGAAACUAUGGUGCCGUGGAGAGGUAGUGUGCAGCUGUGCAAUGUUCUUCUAAAAGCAAAAACUUAUCUUUGCGGUACACUCCGAAGCAAUAGGAGAGGCAAUCCAGUUGGUGUGACAAAGAUGGUAUUGAAGAAGGGUGAAAUUUAUGGGGAACAAAAUAACGUCGGUAUCAGAGUAAUGAAAUGGGUUGACAAGAGACCAGUUCUUAUGAUCAGUAGUGUACCAAGCCAUAAACCCGAACUAACUGAGAAAAAAAUUAAAGGAGAAGAUGUUAUGAAACCCCAGCAGUUAUUGCUUACAAUAAAGCGAAAAAAGACGUUGAUGUCUCAGAUCAAAUGUCAUCAUAUUACACGUCCAUUAGGAAAAGCAUCAAGUGGUACAAAAAGAGAACUCAUAAAACUGACGGAGAACAAUUAUGAAGCUCAGGAAAAAGGUGAAGAUGAUGAAUUAGUCCCGGCACCAAAGGAGUUGACGUUGAAAACGCUUAAUAAAUGUUUUACCAAGGCACACGAUCUCAUCGAGCUGUUAAUCAGGGAAGAUCCUACAAUGGAAAGAAGUUUAAAAUCUAAACGAGAGGUUUUUGCAGCAUUGGCACCAUACAAGGAAAUUGAGAAGAAUUUACGCAACGAAGCUAAACAGUCAAAGAUUACGUCUUAUUUAUCUAAAAAUUAA